CGCAUAAAUUGCUAAAAAAAUUAACUACAGCGUCUGGUUGAUUUUCUAUAACAAAAAUUUUAAGAACUCACUAUCGAGUCUUACUCAUGUUAGUCGUGUACCAAACUGUUGAUUGCUAGACUUGUUGAAGGAUGAUCAUAUUCAAAAUUUUAGAACACCUUUCAACACAAAAUAUUUACCAUUGUAAACACAAACACAAUUAGUGAUAACGAAUAUCUUAUCUUUCGUAGGCCAAACAAUUAUUGAUUAUUAAUUGCGAGUAAAACGUUUAAAACAAGGAUACAACUUACUAUACAAGAUUAAUGAGUACCUAUAGGUAGUAGUUACCUACCUAAUUUACCUAUGCUUUUAUAAAAAGUGAAUUCUUGUCUAUGUUACUGAAGACUGAAGUACUGACUUACAGCUUACAGUCUAAUCGGUCCUGUGUAGUCGCUGCCUGAUGCUCUCAUGCUACAUACUGCUGAGAAUAUCAAAAUCUUAAAUUAUUUUUUUGAUUUUUUUGGAGACUGCUGUAGCAUUGAAGUGUUUUAAAGCUAUCUCGUAACUUUUAGAAUUGUGAAAAGUUAAUUAAACAUUGGUCACAUAAGAUGGCAUCUGCUUACAGUUCUGAUACAAUUGACGAUAUCGUGGAUAUCAAUGAAAGUUUGAAACAGUUGUCCGUUGCAAGAGCCCAAAUUAAUUCGUUAAGAAAACAGAACGAGUCUUUAAAAAAACAGCUGAAUGAAAAAGAUUUGGUUACUGCGAACGGACCUAGCACAUCUAAUAACCCUGAAAAAUUAGAACUAUCCAUUAUAGGAACUAUAAAAACAAAAUUUAAAGAACGUAGAGGUGUGCCUCGACAACCUGGUCUCUGCCCACUGGCCCAAGCUUGUCUGACAAUAUCAAACUCUAUAUUCACUAAUCCUAACCAUGCUCUUGAAGGCCUCUCAGAUUUUUCUCAUAUGUGGAUUUUGUUUCAUUUCCAUAAAAAUGAAACCACUCAUGUUCAUGCAAAAGUAUCACCUCCUAGAUUGAAUGGAUUGCGAACCGGCGUACUUGGCACUCGAUCUCCACACCGACCCUCACCAAUUGGUUUGUCGCUAGUGCAAAUUGAUAAAGUUGAAGGAAAUUCAGUGUAUUUUUCUGGUGUAGACAUGAUUGAUGGUACUCCAGUGCUUGAUAUCAAGCCAUAUAUUCCUCAUUAUGAUGCGCCAGCUUCCUUAAGAUCUGACCAACAUGUUUCAUUAUUUGAUAAUGGGUUGCAUCAAAUACUAUUGGAUCCAUUGACAACUGAUCGAGAAGCACCUGAUGGAGAGGAAACUGAUACAUAUGAUGCCAUGCCUCUUUCUCCACUCCAUACAAGGGUUCGAGUUCCAUUGUGGAUUACUGAACCACUGAUGCAACAACUAACAGUGGAGUUCUCGUCGAGAGCAAGAGAAUUUUUAGACACAUUGGAUACUAAUGAUAUUGAAGCAACUAUAGUAAGCAUAUUGAAAGAAGACCCUCGAUCAGUAUAUGUCCGUGAACGAUAUAGUAAUCAGUUUUAUACAUUCUUAAUUGGAGGCUAUCAUGUAAGCUGCAAGUUUGAUGAUAAUAAACACACGAUAAGUGUCUACAGAAUAUCAUUUGUCGAUAAUAUGGAGAAUGUACCUGAACAAGAAGGUGCCCAAUGUUUGUCUAUUGAUUAAAACUAUUAGUAAUUAAUAAUAAUUUUAACUUUUAUAUUUUGUUUUAUAACUGUGUUCCUUUUUUACAUCUAUCCCUAUUUUGAAAUAUUUUAAUGUUAUUUAUAAAAUAUUUAUUGUUAGUGUGAUAUUGUGGUAUGAAAAUUAGUGUUAUUGUUUUUUUAUACAUACAAUACAAACGAUCAACUUAAAUAGUUUGAUAAAAUCCUAUGGCUGUUAUCAUUCUUAGUUUUAAUAUAUAUUAAUAUGGUUGUUUUGUUUUUUAUUGAUUAUAAAUAAUGAAUGUAUAUUGUAUAAUAAUAAUUAAUAAUACAGUUAGUAGUAAAAAAGUUAAUAAUAUACUGUAAUUAUUAAUUUAAAAGAAAGUCGAUUUAUAUUUUUACAUGUGGCGUUAUAUACAUUAGUAAUGUACAUUAUUGUACAACUUACUGGAUCAUAGUACAUAAUAUUAAGUGAGAGAAAAAAAGCAAAUUGAAAUAUUGAAUGGAUAUGAACAUUAGUAUUCGAUAAUAACAGUUUUAUUAUAACUAUAAUUAUUCAAUUGUAUUCAAUUUUUCUUAUUUUAGUAUUUUGAAGUGUGAUACAAUAUUAUAUAAUACUUUGAUCAAGUUAUUGUGUUUUACAUAUUUACAUACAUUAUUGACUAUUAUAAUUCUUUCAUAAAUAAUGUUUUGUUAUUUUAAAAUUUAGAUAAUAGGUAUUAGUAUUUAAUGUACAUUGUAAAUAUAUUCAACUUAGUA